GUUAUAGUCUUGUUAAAGUGUAGUGAUUUUGAUCUGAAGAAAGGAUUUGAUCCUCAUAUCCCUCGGGUUUCAUCAUGAGAGGGAAAACGGAAGUUUGAACGUCAGUGAAAGUUUUCUUGCCAGUUAGUCAUCUGCAAGAGGCUGGGCCAAACGGUCUGAGGUUCGCGUAUAUAACUUAACCUUCAGUUCAGCCGUCUCAUACUGUAAAAACACAGUGCCCGUUAUAGUGAGACAAGAUGCUCGGAAGCGAUAUAUGGAUGUGCUUUAUCUUCUACAGCACGCUUUUAAUCUUGAAGAUGUACAUCAUAGCUAUCAUCACUGGGCAAGCAAGACUUCGGAAGAAAGCUUUCGCGAACCCCGAGGACGCUGAAAGGCACGGAGGUAUUCAGUAUUGCCGCACUGAUCCAUACGUGGAGCGCUGUCUGAGGUCACAUCGCAAUGACAUGGAGAACAUAUUCCCAUUUUUUUUCCUAGGGGCCGUUUAUUCCAUGACUGGCCCCUCUUCUGCAGUAGCACGCAUUCACUUUCUGGUUUUCUUCCUGGGUCGAGUUUUUCACAGUGUGGCAUACCUGUUGGCACUUAAAGCGCCGACCCGUUCAUUCGCCUACGUCAUCGCUCAGGUGCCUUGUUUUUCCAUGGCGAUACAAAUUCUCAUGCAUGUAGCCUCAUUUGCAUAACCUGGCCCAUGGAUUUCUGUGAUCGGUCAAGACGUCUCAUCUGUUACAACUGUGAUGCAGGGUGCUGCUUUGAUGAUUAAUGUCAUCCAUUCCCUCAACAAUUGUAUGCAUUUUUAAGACUUAUGUUGGCUCACGACAGUGAAUAACUAGAAACAGACAAAUGUUUGGUCAGAAUGGAAAGAAACUGUUACCAUUCAAAUGAAGUUUUUUUAAUGUCAUCAAACUAUGUUUUUGAUACUACGAAGAUGGCAAGUACUUUUUCAUAUUUAUAUAUUUGCUACAAAAUGCCUCAUUUUCCUUUAUUGGACAUGAUGGCAUAAAUUCAUACCUCCAAUCAAUAGUGAGCACCAUCUUUCCAGUUUCUGGCUGCAAAAUGUAUGCAAGCAAUAACUGAUUAAAAAAAUAAAGAUUUUUGGAGAAACAGCCAAUGGCGGAUCUGUAGUUAGCUGUUGGUGUACAGCAUCAAAAAACCCAUUCAAGCUCCACUAUAGAUGAGAGACUCGACAAACCCCAGGCUUUACAGAAUUAUCGUAGCGUUAAACUAAUGCAGUUGAGUAAACACGGCCCUUCCUCUUAGUCUGCCAGGCUUUGGGUUUGUGGCAUUUCUAGCCCAGCCUCCAAUUCACAGCACAGUGUGCUGUGGGCUGUUUUCAUGAACUCUACACAGAACAGAAUGCUAAGCUUGUGAAAGAAAAAUGAGCUGUUGAAUUGAGUAAACAAACAUUUUGUUAGGGCAAGAUUUUGGUAAUUUGUCACACAGCACAAUAUUUUUGUAUUUGAAAAGAUGAAAUGCAUGAAAGAGGGAAAGACAGAAAGAGAACAAGGGAAGGGGACGGCUCUGUAAUAAUGCCAAACAUGCAAUUAUAACAUAGCUGUUCCAUUGUUACUUUCCCUGUGCUAAAAGGAAUUUAAAUAGAAUGGCAGGAAUGGACGAGUGACUGGGUAAAUAGCAGUGUGUGUAUGAGAGAGAGAGAGGAAUGUUAUUAGCAAACAUUGAUUUAAACUAACACAAAUACAAAGAAUACUUAAAAACUUCCAGUUUCUUUUGAGUUUGUGUGAUUUACGAUAAAUAUGCCAGGGCUGCGGAAAUGAUCUCACUAGACAAUGAAUGGAAGUGUGGGUUAAGCAUGCAUGUAAACCUACAUUCUCAUAUGAAACAUGCCCGUGCUUGUCAAUUUCUCUGACUGCCAGCGUAAAUGUGUGUUUCGACAACAAACUGCAGAGAGCUUGAUAGUGUAAUGAAAAAUCCUUAAACAAAAAGCAGUGAAAAUGGCCAUUAUUAUGGACAUUUAAAGCUCAAAUGAAUCUGCAACGUCUAAGACAAAUUAAAGGCCUCAAUUCCAAGAGCUUUAUUAAAAGUGCCCUGUGCAGUAAACGAAAAUGUUGGAGGCAGACAUAGUGUGGCAAAACAGUUUCAUCGUUAAUGAAACCUUUAACAUAACUUUCAAUAAAAAUUUAAAAUAAGUUUGUUCAUAUUUUCCUCAACCUUAAAACAGCCAAGCAUGUUUUUACAGUGGCGACACAACAAGAGGAAUUCUGAUAUUUUCUGAUAUCUGAUAUAUAAAGUAUUGGUUUAAGCGGGUUGUAUUCAACUCAACACAGAAGCUACCAUGAGUAAUUUUAUAGCAUCUUUUGAAUUUUUUUCUAGUUUUUCUUUUCCUUUCUUUCAUGGGCCUCUAAUAUUUUAAUUAUAAAUAUAAACUGCCAAUUAGGUGAACAUUUUGGAUGAUUUUAAUUUUAUGUAGAUAACAAUGUGUUGACAAAGUAAAUCUGCAGUGUGACAGUAUUCUUUUAAAUUAAGCAAUUUUCUCUUCUUUUUUAGUUCUGAAAUGUGUUCUGACUUUUACAUGUUUUAAUCUUUAUAUUAAAUUAUUGGUGUUUUUAAUGGGGUUUUUCUGUUGUACAGUGAAACACUAAAAAAAACAAUGUCAACCCAAUGUUGAGUCCAAAAGGAACAAACCCAACACACUGGGUUGUAAUUUAUCCAUGCUGGGUUGUUUCAACUCAUUGUUGGCUCAAAGUUAUUGGUUAUAUAUGUAUAUAUAUAUUAUGUAUUGGGGUACAUUUUUAACCCAGCAGGUGGGUUUGUUCCAUUUUUGACCCAAUUAUGUCAAGAAUAACCCAGCGUUUGUUUAGAGGGGAUUAGGCCAAGAUGUAAGGUCAAAUAAAAUGUACAGUAAGGCAUCCUACAAUUGUAUCAUUAACUGUUUAGUGUUUUUUUUUUCUUUUACAGAAUUUCCAUGUAUAUUGUAAAAUUUGGUAAUUUUAAUGACACUGUUAAAACCACAAAAAAACAUAAUAAAAAAACAUGAAAUUCUU